CGGAGGCGCAGUCCUUGUCCCAGGCCCGGAGCUCUCUCCGGGGAGAAACGAGGCGUGGCCAGACUGGAGCGGAGGCGGGGCGCACGGUGCUACGGCUGAGUGGGAAGAAGUGGAAAGUGAGAAAAUACCUGAAUGGACAAUCUGGAAUAAAUCCUGGACAGCUCAGCACGUCCCUGCGGCCACGCUCCUGCCCGUCGUUAUCUCCCACCCCUCAAGAUCCCCUCUUCCUCUCCCCCUCUCUGUAGCCUCCCCCCUUCUCCCGCCUCCCUUCUCCUGCUCCCUCCUCAUCGGCCUCCAAGAUAGAUUCCCUCAGGAGCAAGGUUGACCUGCUCAAGCUGCCCCUGGCUCUCUCCACCAAGUCCAUCUCCGAGCGCAAGAGCCAGCUGGGAGGAGUCGGCGAGCAGCGCGGCACGGGGGGAGGAGGAGGAGGCGGGGCUCGCAAAGCCCGCUCACCGCCGACCCGAGACAUGGACAACGAGUCGCAGUACUCGGGCUACUCAUACAAGUCCUCACACUCCCGCAGCUCCCGCAAACACAGGGAUCGAAGGGACCGCCACCGCUCUAAGAGCCGAGACAGCAGCAGCCGUGGAGACAAAUCAGUCACCAUCCAGGCUCCUGGAGAGCCGCUGCUGGAUGCAGAGUCCACUCGUGGGGAUGACAGGGAUGACAACUGGGGCGAGACCACCACGGUCGUCACCGGCACCUCGGAGCACAGCGUGUCCAACGAGGACCUGACGCGUGUCUCCAAGGAGCUGGAGGAGUCGACUCCGCUGGAGUGCAAGCGCUUCAUCGGCCCGGCGUUGGGCGGCUGCCUGAGCUUCUUCGCCCUGGUCACGCCCCUAGCCUUCCUCGUCCUCCCUCAGGUCCUGUGGCGGGACGCCCUGGACCCCUGCGGCACGCCCUGCGAAGGCCUUUACGUCUCCUUGGCCUUCAAGCUCCUGGUGCUCCUCAUCUCGUCCUGGGCGCUGUUCCUCCGGCCCCCCCGCGCCACCCUGCCGCGCUUCUUCGUCUUCCGCUGCCUGCUGAUGGUGCUGGUGUUCCUGUUCGUGGCGUCGUACUGGUUGUUCUACGGCGUGCGGGUGCUGGAGCCCAGGGAGCGGGACUACAGGGGCAUCGUGGAGUACGCCGCCUCGCUGGUGGACGCCCUGCUGUUCAUCCAGUACCUGGCUCUAGUGCUGCUGGAGGUGCGGCACCUGCAGCCGGCCUUCUGCCUCAAGGUGGUCCGGACCACGGACGGAGCGAGCAAGUUCUACAACGUGGGCCACCUCAGUAUCCAGCGGGCAGCCGUCUGGGUCCUGGACCGUUAUUACAGCGACUUCCCCGUCUACAACCCUGCCCUGCUCAACCUGCCCAAGUCCAUCCUGUCCAAGAAGAUGACCGGCUUCAAGGUUUACUCCCUGGACGAGAACACCACCAACAACUCCACAGGCCAGUCCCGGGCCAUGAUAGCAGCUGCCGCCAGGAGGAGAGACAACUCACACAAUGAGUUCUACUACGAGGAGGCCGAGAUGGACCGCAGGAUCCGAAAACGCAAGGCCAGGUUGGUGGUGGCUGUGGAAGAGGCCUUCACACACAUCAAGCGUCUUCACGAGGACGAGGUCGCGUCGUCUCCCAAACACCCCAGAGAGGUGAUGGAUCCUCGGGAGGCGGCCCAGGCCAUCUUCGCCCCCAUGGCCCGGGCCAUGCAGAAGUACCUGAGGACCACCCGGCAGCAGCCCUUCCACAGCAUGGAGAGCAUCCUCACCCACCUGCAGUUCUGCAUCACACACAACAUGACACCCAAGGCUUUCCUGGAGCGCUACCUCACCCCCGGCCCCACCAUGCAGUACCAGCAGCAGAACGGCAGGGGGCGCCAGUGGACCCUGGUGAGCGAGGAGCCGGUGACCUCGGCCCUGCGCCAGGGCCUGGUCUUCUCCCUGCGGCGCCUCGACUUCUCCCUGGUCGUCACGGUGACGCCGCUCCCCUUCCUGCGGCUCGGGGAGGAGUUCAUCGACCCCAAGAGCCACAAGUUUGUCAUGAGGCUGCAGUCGGAGACCUCGGUCUAAACACAGAGGGGCUCGGGGGUCGACCUCAUCGUGUUUCCUUUACCUUGUGUCCUCUCCUCGUGGUCUGUCCCGCCUGUAUCUGACGGGACGCGGCGCGCGGCGGCAGAACAGUCCAUUCCCAUCCAGUCGUUUCCCUCGCCUGUGACAAACAAAGAACAUAACUCAAAGGGAGGAAGCCAUUUUGGAGCAUCGACGCUCGGCCCAAAUGUCUAAACCAACAGCUGUCCUCCUUUUGUGUGAUCUGUCAUCAAAUUGUGAUAAGCUAUAUGAUUGUCCAAACCCCGGAAAUGGAUGCCUUGACCCUUUUCUCUGUGUUGUGAAGUUUUUGUCUUUACGGCACGCUGUAAAAAAAAAACAUUCCCUUUUUUUCUUAAGGGGACUUUGUCUUUUUGGCCUUUUUCGUUGUUGUUGCUGUAACCACUGGACUUCAUGACUGCGCUGACUCAUCACAUUAACCACUAGAGGGAGGGAGGAGGGUUUACAUCACACUUCCCACUCCCUCUUCCCGACGUCUUACAAAUGGACCAAUCGGAGCUCAGCUCUGCCUGCAAAACUGGUAUACAUUUCACAUUGAUCACCUGUCAGUGUAUUAUUUUGCUUGAGAUGAUAAGGACUGUUUUUUAUGGGAAGGGGGGGGGCUUUUUUUUUACUUACAGAAUGUAGCAUUACGUGCAUUGAAUUAACAAACUGUUAUUUUAUGGUCUGCAGGCCGAAAUGUCUUUUCAUCUGACUGUAAAGAAAAAAACAGGAAGUGCAUUCCUAUGUCGUUGCUCCUCCAGACCAUGUAUAGUGAUUCAUGAUCGCCUACAUACACAACUUUCUUUUUAUUCUACACUGGCUUUUUUUACAGAUGAUAUUACAGUUUUGAUAGGAUGACUGAACAGGGUCCAUCCCAGUGUUUUUAACAUGUUCUGUUUAAAAAAACAAACAAAAACAAAAAAAAACACCGGUCUAGAUGAAGCAGCUGUAGUCAGACUAUGAGCUGACUUCUUAGAGCCUGAGUUCAAAAAUGUUUUUUUCAUGCAUUUCCACACAAACUCAAAAAAAGAGACGUGUGAUUGUAACUUCUCACUGCAGCCCGUCUGCAGUAGUAGCGUAUCACCGCCUUGUGCCACAAGUUGAAACAAGCACAGUGAAAAUGCUGCCUCCAUCCUCCAGCCUUACGACCCACAUGUGGGGAGAGUGUCGGACGCCCCAGCAGGGAGCCUCGGCCCCGACCGCCUCCGUCUGCCGGGCCCCGACGCCGAAAUAUACUGUAACUGAUGCUACCCUGAUGUUGAAACUUGAGCUGGUCUGCAUUGUAUGGACCUUUUGUUGAGCCACGACACGACCGACCGAACUGCGUACUUCUCCCUGAAAAUGGCCUUGUUUUACAUUUCUGUGUGAACGCAGCAGGUUCCACACGUCUGACGUUUCAUCCAAGUGAUCAAAAUGCAGAUGAUUGUCUUUUCCAGUUUUUUUUACUGCAUGCUAGAAUUAUUUUGGGUUCUCAAACGUUUCCUUUUUUUUUUUUUUUUUUUAAAUAAUAACUUUGUUUGUUUUCUAUCAUUUUUAAGGUGCCUAAGUUAUGAUGAUGAUGCAAUUUCCAGAAUGUUUUUACUUUUGAAAAAGGGGUGGAUUGUAAAAAAAAAUUGUAGAUUUUUGUCUUGUAUUUUCUUCUUUUUUUUUGGUAACUGUAGCUUGUAUAGUGUGUUAGCCCUUUUUUCCAUUAUUAAACCAAUUAUUCCUUGUUAGUGCU